AUGAUCAGCAAAAUCAGCUUCAUUCUCCUCUCUGCUCUCCUCAUUGGCUGUGGAGCAGCACCGUUUCAAGGAUUAGCAAGGAGCGCUUUGCAGUCUUGCCCGUGGGGAUGGCUUCGGUAUGACAAUCGUUGCUUUAAGUUCGUCUCCACAAAAAGAACUUGGGCAGAGUCUGAGCGCUACUGUGUGAUGAUGGGAGGGAACCUGGCUUCGGUACACAACAUGGAUGAGUACUACUUCGUCCAGGACCUUGUCCGCACGCACACUCAUGAUACCCCACACACCUGGAUCGGAGGAUGCGAUGCUGCUCAGGAGGGUCUGUGGCUGUGGAGCGAUGGCUCCAGAUUUGAUUACACUCACUGGAGCACUGGACAGCCUGAUAAUGCUGGUGGAGCUGAGCACUGUCUGGAAAUAAAUUAUGGAGGUUCACUGCGCUGGAAUGAUGGCCCAUGUAAAGUGGUCCUCCCAUCUGUAUGUUCCAUGGCUCUGUGAGUUUGAAGGGGAGCUACCAAGAAAAAUAAGACAUAAGGCCAGAGGUCAAGUCCUGACUGAAGAAAGUGAAAAUGCACUUGCCACAUUUUUUAUAGUAGUUUUUU